AUGGAAAAGCAAUUAGUGGAAGUUUCAGUUGCAAAGAGUUCAGAGAGUUGUGUGAUUGGACAAAAAGAAACAGAUUUGGCGUUGGAAGCGUUAGGAAAUGUCAUUCGGUAUUUGGCCAAUUUCAAAGAAGCCGAGACAUUUGCGCAAAUCAGUAAAAAAUGCGGAAACGCACUGAACUUUGUAUUUAGAAGUCCUAAUUACUCUGCUCCACAAAUCAAUUUGAAGUACCCAAGAAAUGUGUUUUGGCAACAAAAGUCGUUUGCUCGAGAACUCUCGUUGUUCCCGAAGUUAAGGGUAUUUGAUAUAUACGGGAACGCACCGCAAAUGCAACUUGUAAUGGCAACCAACAAAGACGUACAAAUAGCUGCAAAGUCGUACAAAAUGAAAAACGAGUUGCCCGAUAUCGAUAAAGAUGAGAAGAAGCGAUUCAUAGAACUAUGGUUCUGUGGGGAUGACCCACUGAAGUUGAUCCAAUUCAAGAAUCUUCAGAAAGCAAAAAUUAGACUCUUGAAAGAUCAAAAAGUCUGCAAAUUUGUAUUGAAGAAACAGCAACUUGAAGUACUCCAUGUUAUAUUCACCGAUGGUGUUGAUGACACAUUUCUUUCAAAGAUUAAAGAGUAUCAUAUCAACAAAUUAGUUAUAGAAUGUGAGAAAAAAGAGGAUCUGGAACAUGUCUUAUCCCAACUCGAAUUAUUCAAACCACCAACAAAUAUGAUAGUAUGCAGUACAGAUGAUAUAAAUAACUCAAAUGUUCUUAUUAUUCCGAAACGAAUUGAAAAGGUUGAAGAAGUCGAAGAGGUGACGGGUGAGAGAAUUGUCGAAGAAAUGGAUGACAAAAAUGUUUCAAAUUAUACAAACGAAUUUGCACUAAAAGUUAUGAAGUUACAAGCGAAUGCGGAGUUUCAUCUUAAAAGUCUUAAUGUCAUGAGACUGAAUUUGGUUGAUUGUUGCAUUGAUACAGCAGUUGACUUGAACGACUUUUAUCCACGAAAUUUGAUGGACUUGACUUGUAAAGAAUGUGCAUUACCUCUUGUUUCUACUACACUCAAAAAGGUGACUAUACAAGAAGCAACACAGAAACUGGAUCUUUCCAAGUUAUCGAUUUUAGAAGAAUGUGUAUUGGACAAAUGUAAAGUGACGAACGACAAAGACUAUUUAAUACUUCCAAGAAAGUGCAAAUUGUUGACAAUGAAACGACCCGAAGGCAGUGAAGUCAAUUUAGAAGUGUUGAACAGUGUUGACGAGUUGAUAUUAGAUAGUGUUGAAAAGAUCCAAAUCACCCUUCCGCAGUAUUUGCUUUGUUUGAUUAUAUACAAAUCAAGGUAUUUUUCAUUAACAAAUGCGGAAAAGGUCCAUAUGAAGCGGCUUGCUCUUGUGAAGAGUGAAUUAGUCUUUUUCGACAUCAACAAAGUCGUUGAAGAUUUGGAUCAAGUUGUUUUCAAAUAA